CUGUAUUCAUUUAAUUAGAAAGCUCAGAGGAGAAUGCUUAAAAAGAGUUGGCCUAGGGGGUGACUGUUUCCUGCCAGAGUUUGCUGCAUACCGUGGCUAAAGCCAUGGGGUUUCUCUUCAGAUGGUUGCUGUUGUCCUUGCUAGCUGUUGGAAGACAACAUGCAAAUGCUUUCAGUAUUCGAUCAGCUGAGGAAUUCAGAGAUGAGGAAGUGCCUGCAAUGGGCAAUCAAACGGAACCACUGAGCUCUGCGGCCAAAAAUGAAUCUUCAUGGAGCGUGGAAGUCUAUGGUAGUGGUGAUUCACCUUUGGAUGACAAUGAGCAACAGGAAGAAGAUGGUGACUCUCAGCAGCAGGGACUUCGCCCACAGCCGAGGUGCCCGCCAAAGGUGCCGUGCAAAUCCACAGUGCCCAAUCCACGCAAGUGUCCAUCCAAACUGCUGCUAUGCAGUCCGCGGCAGCUCCAAGAAAUGGAACCACACGACUGCCCACCAGAUCUGCCGAACUGUGAUCCUGAGGAAAUGUCAGACACUGAAUCACGCCGCUGCCCGCCGGACCUGCUGGAUUGUGAUCCGGGGAAACUGCCGCCACACGCCUGCCUGCUGAAGCAACCCAGUCGCCUGAAAGUGGCCCGGAAACCUCUGUGUUCGCCUGAGCACCCCCUCUGCCCAAAACGGCACGGCUACCCGGUCAAGCGACAGCCGUAUUAUGUGUACACAUCCAAGCGGCCCCAGCAAUAUGUUUACCCCGGUAAAUGGCGCCAGCCGCAUGCUCACCUGUACAGGCGGCCCAAACGGCCCAAACAUCACGGCUACUCGAUCCACUGGCCGAAGCACCAUGGCUACCCCAACCGGGCCCAACAUCCCAGCUAUCAGAUUGCACACGGAGGACGCUGA